AUGACAGGAGAACAGCCAUUCAAAUGUUAUCUUGUUCAAAUCACGAGCAAUUGCAGUAAUCUGCAAGCUUCAAUCUGCCUGGGAAUUCAAAAGCCAGCAUGGUUGGAAGCCCUCUACACACACAGGUUUUUUGUGCCCUGCCCAAUUCACGAAAUGGCUAAGAAGAAUGAGAAGAAUGUAUGCUGUUUGGAUUGUUGCACUAGUAUUUGCCCACAUUGUGUUCCAUCUCAUCGCUUCCAUAGGCUUGUUCAAGUUCGGCGCUAUGUCUAUCACGAUGUUGUUCGUUUGGAAGACCUCGAGAAGCUCAUAGACUGCUCUAAUGUUCAGCCCUAUACCAUCAAUAGUGCCAAAGUGGUGUUUAUCAAGAAGAGACCUCAAAACAGGCAGUUUAAGGGAUCUGGAAACUACUGCACUUCUUGUGACAGAAGCCUUCAAGAGCCUUUUAUCCAUUGCUCUCUAGGCUGCAAGGUUGAGUUUGUGUUAAAACACUACAAGGACCUCUCUCCCUUCUUAAGGACAUGCAAUAGUUUACAACUUGGUCCAGACUUCUUCAUCCCUCAAGACAUGACCGAUGAUGACAUGACAUACGAGACACCUCAUUCGACAAUUGUGGAUUGGGACGAGGCAAUGAGCUCGUCGUAUUCAGGUUCAUCAGGGUCGGAGAAUACGAGCAUGGUGUGCACAGAUUUUGUUCGGAAGAAGAGAAGUGGGUUGUACGUGUGUGGAAGAUUAGUUAAUAAGGUUUCAGAAGAGGACAUGGCCACAAGCAUGAGUAGAAGAAAAGGCGUUCCUCAUAGAUCUCCUUUGUGUUAACAAAAUUAAUAAAAACAUUUUAAUUACCACUUGAGAGUUAUUUUAAGAUUUUGACUAGUGAGUCAUGCAACAACCUCUCUGUCUGUCUCUCUCUCUCUCUCUCUCUCUCUCUCAGAGGUUUUUGCUUAAUUAAUUACUUGGUCGGAGGAUUUUGUCUUAAUGGCAUCACGUGAUUCUCAAUUCCAAGUCAUGGUUGUGUACAUUUUUCGAAGAGUUUCAUAUUAGUGUAUGGUUAUUAUUAAUUCAAG